UCGCGCGCUUAGCAUCCAUACGGCUGUCUUCAUCCUCUUCGGGAAAAUAAGCCUGAAUAAUACUACUAAUAAAACAGAUACGUGGCUCUGCUUGGGUAAACAUCUUCUUGAGGAGCUGAGAGAAGAUGGCUGCUCAGGAGGUGCAGCCGAGUGAGACCAUAGCGAAGCUGAAAUGCGAGUCCGAGACGCUGAAGACGAAGCUGGAGGAGGAGCGGGCCAAACUGCAUGAUGUGGAGUUGCACCAGGUGGCGGAGAAGGUGGAGUCUCUCGGCCAGUUCGUCAUGAAGACCAGGAGAACUCUGAAAGGACAUGGAAAUAAAGUGCUUUGCAUGGACUGGUGUAAAGACAAGAGGAGAAUUGUGAGCUCAUCUCAGGAUGGGAAGGUGAUUGUUUGGGAUGCAUUUACAACCAACAAGGAACAUGCAGUGACCAUGCCGUGUACAUGGGUGAUGGCUUGUGCGUACGCCCCGUCUGGAUGUGCAGUAGCUUGUGGUGGACUUGACAACAAGUGUUCUGUGUACCCGCUAUCCCUGGAUAAGAACGAGAACCUGGCGGCGAAAAAGAAGUCUGUUGCAAUGCACACCAAUUACUUGUCUGCCUGCAGCUUCACUAACUCAGAUAUGCAGAUCCUGACCUCGAGUGGAGAUGGAACAUGUGCAUUGUGGGAUGUGGAAAGCGGGCAGCUGCUGCAGAGUUUUCACGGUCAUGCAGCUGAUGUACUUUGCCUGGACCUCGCUCCCUCUGAGACCGGCAACACCUUCGUCUCUGGGGGCUGUGACAAGAAGGCAAACGUAUGGGACAUGCGUUCAGGACAGUGCAUCCAGUCUUUUGAGACCCAUGAGUCAGAUAUUAACAGUGUGCGGUACUAUCCGAGCGGAGAUGCUUUUGCCUCUGGCUCAGAUGAUGCUACUUGCCGUCUUUAUGACCUGAGGGCCGACAGAGAAGUGGCCAUUUAUUCUAAAGACAGCAUUAUAUUCGGAGCUUCCAGUGUAGACUUCUCUCUCAGUGGCAGGCUACUGUUUGGUGGCUACAACGACUACACCAUUAACGUGUGGGAUGUACUAAAGGGGACCCGUGUAUCCAUUUUAUUCGGACACGAGAACAGAGUCAGUACCCUUCGUGUCUCUCCAGAUGGGACAGCCUUCUGCUCGGGGUCCUGGGACCAUACUUUACGGGUCUGGGCUUAAACAGCAGCUUGAAUCGCCUGCUCGGUUCUCUGUGGCAUUGACAUCGACAGCAACAUCCUCUAGAACAAUUAUUAACUAUUAACUUAAAGUGUUGGAUUUAUAAGAAAUGCACAUUAGAGUAGAACAGGGUUCUAAGAGACAAUGUAGUAUUACAGAAAAGAGCACAAUAUUAUUUAGUUGUUGUUUUUUUAUUGUAUGAUGAUUAUUAUUAUUACUAUUAUUAUAAAUACAGGAUGAAAACUUGUCCAGAAACACUAGCUGUGUCUGAAAUCAUAUAUUAUGGGCUGUUUAUUCAUGAAUAUUUCUCACUAAUACAUAAAGUGCAUGCAAUCUGUAAACAACAAUAUAAAUAAUGGGGUAUGAUGUCACACUACUUCUCAGUGUUCAUUUGUCACCUGAUCUUCAAAUAUGACUGAAUAAAUGAGUUGGUGCUUGA